UAGUGGAUCACACCAACGAGCAACAGAAAAUGCUGCAGCAGAGGAGGCAUGAAAUCGCUGAACAGAAACGCAGAGAGCGAGAGAUGCAGCAACAGAUGGAGAGUCGUGACGAGGAGACUCUGGAACUGAAGGAGACCUAUACUUCCUUACAGCAGGAGGUCGACAUCAAAACCAAGAAGCUGAAAAAGCUGUUUGCCAAGCUGCAGGCAGUGAAGGCCGAAAUCCAAGACAUCCAGGAGGCACACAUCAGAGAGCGCCAGGACCUGGAACAGACCCAGAAUGAGCUCACCAGGGACCUCAAACUCAAACAUCUUAUCAUUGAGAACUUCAUUCCCCUGGAGGAGAAGAACAAAAUAGUCAGCAGAGCUUACAUUGAUGAAGAGGAUGAGUACUGGAAGAUGAAGCCCAUCACACGUGUAGAGGAUGAACAUCAGAUGAUGAACAAGCCUCUGUCUGCAGUCGGCUACAGGAGGCCCCUCUGUCACCACGCUCGCAUGGCCAUGAUGAUGAAGCCUGACACGAGAUACAAAGCUGUAAACAUCCAGAUCCUGGACAUGGACCUUCCAACACGGACGACUAUAGACUAUCAGGAGCCGGCAAUCGCCCCGACRGUGGCAGCAGCUCUGAGGGACGCUCUCAGGGAUGAGGAUGAGAUCCAGGUAGAUGCCUUAGGCUUUUACAGCAGUUUAGGACCAACCCCACCAGCCAGCGCUGUCUCCAGCCUCAAGAAACCAAAGUCUGGUCGACCCAGAACCGGCAAGAAGUCAAGCACCCCGACGUCUCCUUUCAGCCCUUCCAGUCCAGGAUCUCCUCUUUACCCACAAUGCCGCGGCCUGGUGCCCAAGUGACAGCUUCUGCCACCACUAUCUCUACCACUGACCUCUCUCGUGCACCUUUCCACUUUGGGACUCAACUUUGAGAGAAUGGGUUUGGUUCUAGUUGUUUUUGUUGUCUGGACUACAGAAUCYKGGAUUCUGUAAACAUUCAAGAAAACUUUCGUACUAAUGCUGCUUUAUAGGUUUUAACUGUAGCCACACCACUAUUAACUGUUGUCAUGAGCUUUUUCCUUUGGAGAUUUGAAACCCACUCAUCCUGAGUGUGARCCAAUACAACRCCAGGGCAGCAGCCACGCCUGAAGCCUCACAUCACUCCACACUGCUAUUAGCUGCUAUGAAUGUCUUACAUUUCACACUCACUUACACAGUGUUCUUAAUGUAUGCGAAAAAAAUGAAGGGGUGUGUUUGUGUGUGCUGAACAUUUGUAUGUGUGUGUGUCUUGUUGUCCGUUAAGCUGUGCUGUCUUAUUCUGAUGAUUUUAAGGUGCAGGUGUUUUGUGUCUUUAAAGGAAUAGUUCCACAUUUUAGUAAGUAUACUUUCUUGCCAGAUGAGAUGACCAUCACCAAUCUCAUGUCUAUUGAAGCCUGAAGUAAUCAGCUUGUCUUGGCUGGCUUCACUGGUUGCCUGGCAACCUCAUGGUGACAAGGAGGCUCCAGGAAGU